AUGUAUGACUUAUCUUCGUCACCGUCGAUCACAGUGAGCUCCACUCUCAAGAGGCCAACUUCCCGCUUCGAACAUCUAGUCAAUAAUCAAAACGACGAGGAGAUACCUGCAAGUUGGUCUGGGAUGUGGGGUACCCGGUCAACUUCCGCUGCAAUGGCGAAGCCCAAUAAUGGCAGGGCUGCACGUGGGAUUCAUGGCAGGUCGUUCAGCGCUUCUCCAGCGUCUGCCCCUCCUUCAUGGGCACUCCAGCACCCGCUCGCUAUGUCUACUAGUACUAAUCAGAAAUAUUCAACACCUGUUGUGCGGUGGCCGUCGUCGUUGUCUGCCAGAGACAUACCAUCCAGUUCAAUGUCGACCCCAGAUGACUCACCAUCGUCGUCACGUCCGCCAUCUCCGGGACUGUCGUUACUAAACGAGGCGUUGAGUGACAGCAUCCUUCCGACAGUGCCCCCACGUGCACGACUGCCUCCAUGUUUUUCGCCUGCUCGCCUGCUCAGUCGACCACCUCCAUUACUCAGUAAUCUCCUAUCUACUUUCCCGUCAGCAUCUGUGACUUCCAUUCCUCCACACUUUCAAAAUGGGCUCCCCUUAUCUUCUACAGAUCCUGCAGCUCACAUUAAUGAGCCAUGUAUAUCGCUAAACCACUCCCUACCUGCUCGUUCGUCCAUCGACACACUGCGUUCGAUCCAUGCAUCUACCGCACCGCAGAUUGCGCUUCCUCCUAUUCCAAGUAAAUGGUGGUUCCAGAGUGAUUCAGACUCGGGGAUUAAGGACAACGUGGGCAAGCUCCUCAACGAGGAAGAUCAGGCUUCGUCGCUGAAUAAAAUCCAUCAGAAGUAUCGUUCACCAAAAGCUCCCGUUGUGUUCUGCCAUGGACUUCUUGGUUUUGAUACCGUGACCGUUGGACCUUCCCUUGCACCCUUACAGGUUGCGCAUUGGCGUGGUAUCAAGGAAGCAUUGGAGGCAAAUGGUUGUGAAGUUCUUAUCACGCGAGUACCUGCAACCAGUUCUCCUGUAGAACGUGCAAAAGACACAGCAUGGGCGGCCUCGAUUGCCGUUACCCUCACAACGCACCUCACUCAACGCAAGUUUUCCGUGAUAAGCAUCACUACAAUCGCCACACCACAUCGUGGCUCCUCCUUCGCGGACCACUUCAUGUCGCUCGCCUCGCAGCAUCUUCCAUCCGUCCUUGCGCUGCUCGAGCUUCUGCCAAACGGUGGAGGUGAUGGAAAGGCAUUCGAAUGUCUUACUCUAGAAAGCAUGCGUCGGUUCAACGAGGAGACACCUGACAUUGAGGGUGUGCGCUAUUUUAGCUGGGGUGCAUGUUAUGAACCAGGGCUUAUUGAUACGUGGAAAUGGCCGCAUAGUGUCAUCUUGGAGAAGGAGGGUCCGAACGAUGGGCUGGUUAGCGUCGAAUCAGCCAAGUGGGGCACAUAUCUCGGUACCCUUUCUCCCGUGAACCACCUAGACCUUGUUGGAUGGACGAACGCUGCGCGAUAUACGUGGGCCUCGAUUUGGGGGAAGGAGAUUCCGUUCAAGCCUGCUUCAUUCUACCUUGGUGUUGCAGACUUGCUGGCCGGAGUAGAGGAGAAUGAGGGAGAGGAGGAUGCGCUAGAGAAUGGCAUGGUUGAAGGUCACCAGGAGAGAAUGCAGCAAAACCUCUUGGGUAGCAGUCCUUCUCCCAGGUCGAUGCCAAGCCCGCUGCUGAGAAUGCACCCUGCACUUGGAGAGAUGGUAUCAAAAGCGCAAGAAGAAUCAAUGUCCGUACCCCAGCGCCCUCCCCAUCCAGCAGAAGCAUCGAGAUUCCCGACAUCCCCAGAAACACCUCCAUCAACGAAGCAGAGAUCUUUACCCUCUACACCUCCUCACGAGGAGACCCCACCUACAUCACCUAGAAAAUCGUCAACCCCGCCUGCAGCACAUACGCGAGAACGAGACUAG